UCGAAACCAUUGUUGCUGGGGUUUUUGUUUGUUUGUUUGUUUUUUAGUUUUUUACUAUUCCCUCUCCGCAAAGAGGGGAGAAGAAAGAGAAAAAAAAAAAAAAAAAGGAACAGAAAAAGGGAUCACUUGAAUUGAAUUCCAUGAAAAUGAAGGACCUUUUCCUGUGAAGACGAAAAGUUUUACGCGUAACUUCCUGCUCAGAAAUGUACGCAAAUCAGAAGGUAGAUCUUCCUUAAGAAAGUAAGCUGUGUUGAAUCCAAACACUAGUAAGAAAAUCCAUGCUCUCAAAGCUCAGAGCCCAGCACACAAGAUAGAAACUGUUUUUAUGACUCUACCUCAGUAAUAUCAUAGCAUCACUUCUCCAAAGAGCUAUACUGAAGAAACAAGGGAAGCAAGACUUAAAGAUACCACAAAGUUACUUUUAAGAUGAUGUAGGAUUGCUUCAAAGGCAAAGGCGAGUACAGGUCGUGCGGCAAUUAGUUCAUUGAAAACUCAGUUGCUGUCCCAGCGGUCGGACAGAGAGUGCUCUAGUCUAGGCUUCUUUUCUGCUAUUAAGAUCUUCUAUAGAGAGCUGCAACAAUGCCCAAAAGAAAGGCUGCAGGUCAAAGUGAUGUGAAGCAAGAGCCAAAGAGAAGAUCAGCCAGAUUGUCUGCUAUGCCUGUGCCCAUUAUACCAGAGUUGAAACCCAAAAGAUCAUCAACUUCAAGGAAAAUUACCGAAAAUGAUAUGAUGGGAAAAAACAUAGAUACAAAUGCCAAAGCAGUUGUUGAAGACAAACAAGAUGAAGUUGUUGAAGAAAAGAACAAUGAAAAUGGAGAAGCCAAAAUUAUAGAGGUACCAGUUCCUGCAAAAGAACUUGGGGAAAUAAAAGAAGAAAAUAUCAAAGAAGAUGAAGAAGAGAAAGAAACAGUGGCAGCAGAAGGAAAAAAAGAUGAAAAAGAUCCAAAAGAUGAAGAUCAAAAUAAAGAAGAAAAAGGAGAAGAUGGAAAAGAAGACCAAGAUGAAAAAGAUAAAGAACAAGAUAGAAAUGAGGACAAAGAUACAAAUGAGAAAGGAGAAGAUGGAACAAAGGAAGACCAAAAAGAACAAGAGGGUAAAGAGCAAGAGGGGGAAGAAGGAAAAGGGAAAAAAGAAGAUGGAAAGGAGGACAAAGAUGGAAUAAGCAAAGGAGAUGAUAGAGAGGGGGAAGACAGAAAAGAGAAAGGAGAUGGAAAAGAUGAUGAAGAUGGUGAAAAGGAAGAAGACAGACAAGAAAAAGAUGAUAAAGAGAAAGAUGGAACAGAGGAGGAAGAUGGAAAAGGCAAAGAAGAUGAAGAAGAGGAGGAGGAAGAUAGAAAUGAAGAUGAAGGUAAAAAUGAGGAAGAAAAUGGAAAGGACAGUGAAGAAGAUGGAAAAGAUGAGGAAGGAGGAAAAGAAGAAGAAGCAAAAGAAAAAGAAAGAGAAAAAGAGGAAGAAGAAGGAAAAGAGGAAAAAGAAGAAAAAGUAGGAAAAGAAGAAGGAAAAGAGAAAAAAGUAGGAAAAGAAGAAGAAAGAAAAGAGAAAAAAGAAGGAAAAGAAGAAAAUGGAAAAGGGGAUGGGAAAAAUGGAGGAGAUGAAAAGGAAAAGGAAAACAAGGCUGAAGUUGGAAAAGAAGCUGAAAACAAAGAGGUCAAAAAAGAAGAUGGAAAAAAAGAGGAGUCUCUGAGUACUGUUUAACACUGCCCUAUAUACUUUCAUAAUUUGUUAACAUGUACCUUUGUGUUGUAAUGAUAAUAGAGAUAAAUAUUUUUAUCAGAUAUUUUAUAAACACUGCUUUUCUUUAGCACCAUUUAAUUUCAGAACAUCUUCAUACUGAUUAUUAUUAGUUACAAAAUGCCUAACAUGAAAACUUCAUCUAUAAAUAUCGUGAUUAUAGUAGGGGAAUGUAUAAAAAUACACUAUUUGUUUUGUGUAAAUUAUGUGUUAAAAUCUUUUAAUUGAAUUUUAUUCCUACAUAUGAUAAUUUCACAAAGUAGAAGAAUUCCAAAAGAAGGCGUUUCAUCCAACAUUCUUAUGGUUCUUUAGGUGGCUUUUAUAAAAAUGUGAACUAUUUUCAUGUAAUGCUUAGUUAUGUUUCCCAAAGAUAAUUUUAUUAGUAGCUUGGGAAAAGUAUAAAUAAAAUUGUAAUCCCAUUUUCAAAGAAAUAUAAACGUUUACUUCAGAAGGGCAGUUUUAAGUACAUGUGUGUGCACAAUAUUUUACUGGAUUUAUCUAAAUAAAAAGAUUUCAGAGAUGAUCAUGGUUUGUUAUAUCUCCAAAACUGUUGUUAAUGAAAUGUUAUAAUACUUUAUUUUUUCUAUUGUGAUAUUCAUGAAAGCAGUAAAACUUUUUCCACUGAACUACCAUUAAUAUAAAACUCAGUUUUAAUCAUUUAAAGUGUACAAUUCAAGUAUUAAGUAUGUUCAUAAUGUUGGAUAAUCAUAACCACACUAUGUAAUUCCAUUGCAUUUUUAACCACCCAAAUAAAAAGUACCACUUAGCAGUCUUUCCCAAUUUCCUUCUAACCCACAUGCCAUUCUCCAGCCCCAGGUAAUGGUUUCUUUUAUGAAAUUUUUGCCAACUAUGGACACUUCAUGUAAAUGGAAUCAUGCAAUAUGCAUAUGCCAUUUUGUGUUUGGCUUUGUUAACUUAGCACAAUGUUUUUAGGUUCAUCUAUAUCAUAACAUGCAUCAUUACUUCAUUAACUUUUAUGGCUGAAUAAUAUUCCAUUUCAUCAAAAUAAGACAUUUUGUUUUUUAAUGGACAUUAGGAUUGUCUCCACAUUUUGUCAGCCAUGAACAAUGCUGCUAUGAAUAUUCCUGUACAAGUUUUAAUGCAGAUGCAUGUUUUCAUUUCUUCUGAGUAUAUAUUUAACAGUAAAACCACUGGGUCUUAUAAUAUUUGUCUAACUUUUAGAAAACCUUCAGUCUGUUUUCAAAGUGCUUUCUACAUUUUAUAUCCCCAUCAUCAAUGUAUGAAGGUAAAAAUUUCUCCACAUAUUUGCCAACAAUUGUUAUUCUCUGUCAUUUAUCAUAGCCAUCUCUUUAGGGUGAUUUGGGAAGAUAAAACUCAUGUGAUUUUGAUUUGUUUUUCUCUAAUGAUGUUUUCAUCUCCUCAUGUGGCUUGUUUGCUAUUCAAAUUAUUUGUUCAUUUGUUUGUUGAUUUUUCAUUUUAGCAUUAACUUUUAAGGAAUUUCUCUAAUUUUUAUAUAAGUCCAUUGUCAGAUUAUUUGUGGAAAUUUUUUAUACUCUGUGGUUUUCACUUUAUUGAUCACAGUAACUGUAUGGAAAGCAAUAUAUAACAGAUAUAUGGAUUUAUGUCUUUGAUUCUUAAUUCUGUUUCAUUGAUCUCUACCUUUAUGUUAUUAUCACACGUUUGAUUACCAUAGCAUUGUAAGCUUUAACAUCUAAAGGUAUCAGUACUCCAAAUUUGUUCUUGAUCAUUCAUAGUUCCUUGCAAUUGCAUAUGAAUUUUAGGACCAGUUUGUCCAUUUCUGUAAACAAAUGUAGUCAAGAGUUUUCAUAAAGAUUUCAAUAAAUAUGCGUGCAUAUCAAGCUGGAUAA